GUCACUUCCGCUUACAUUCGCAAGAAAAAAAACACAGCAAACGCAGAAUUUUAUUAUUUCGUAUAAAGAGCUGUUUCAAUUUAACAAUACUGUCCGUGUUCUCUAUCAGCAUUAAAGUGCAGAGACGCCCUGUGUAAAGCACGGCUGUAUUAAUAGCCUCAGUUAUGAAGGGGCCCAAUGAGACUGAGGUGAUAGAAGAGAAUUCAACACCUACUGACCCAAACAAUGAAGACAUUCCACCUUACCUGCGAGAAGAACCACCUGAGGACUUGGAGAAGGACCAUCCCAAGAAUGAAGCAGGCGUGGUCUGGAGAGUGACAGGUGGGCUCUUCAACUUCACCAAAGGAGCGGUGGGUGCCACUCUCGGAGGCGUGGCCUGGGUUGGCAGCAAGAGCUUUGAGCUGACCAAGUCUGCUGUGACGAGCGUUCCCGCAGCUGGAGUGGGAUUGGUUAAAGGAGGUGUCUCUGUGGUAACGGGAGGGGUUGGGGCAGUGGGGUCUGCCGUGGCCGGUAAAGUUACACCAAAGAAAAAGGACAAGUCGGAUUAGAAUGGCUGCUCACUCCCACCUUCUGUUUUAUUCAGUGUGUCUCUGCUUGUCUGGGUGGUGUGUUCUCACUUUCAAUGGUUUUGGAGAGGUGGCAGGUACAUAUAAACCAUUGGUGGGGGGACUUGCUGUUUUACAUUGAUCUCUGACCAACUAUAUCCUGCUUUAGUUAAAGGGACAAUUCAUCCAAAAGUGACAUUUCUGUCAUUAUUUACUCAGGCUCAUGUUGUUUCAAACUUGUAUCACUAUUUUUUUUCCAUGGAACACAAAUGCCCUGAACAUUCUGCGUAACAUCUCCUAUGUGUUUCACGGAAGAAAGUCAUACAAGUUUGGAACAGUAAAUUAUGACAGAAUAAUUUUUGUUUGACCAAUCCAUUUUAAUGUAAAGAACUGCAAAAUAGGUCUCACAUCAGUAUAAAACUUUGACAAACAUUAAAAUCUGUGACUUAGGUACAUGUGACAAUUUGGAUAUUACUCUGUUUGUUUGCUUAUUAGUUUAUAUAUGUUGUGUAUGUUGAUAAAUUGUGUCAGCUGAAUUGUAUUACUGAACUGUAUUGGUGUAGGGGAAGAGUAGUUUUAGGACAAAGAGGGAUCACAUGGUGAUAUCAAACAUACUGUUUAACAAUUCUCAUGAAACUAAAAUCAUCUCCACUUCCUGUUUACAUUUCACCUCCAUCACCAAAAGAAAUGCAGACAAAUUUUCUCUUACUUGAGACACACGUAAUACUUGGUUACUUUUACAUUUCUGCAAUAUUAUUUCAAAACGUCAUAUGAUGUAUGAACACUAUAAGUAAUAAUGAGAUAUCUGUAAUAAGUGUCAAUUCAAGCACAUUUUACAAGUUCCUAGAAAAUGUGAGUUGGAGCUUUUUCAAACCCAUCAUUGAAUAAAAAAGUGUGUAUUAUUAGAAUUCUUUAAUUAAUUGAAAUAUUGUGAAACUAUAUUGCCCUCAUGUUAUUAUGUGGGAUUGACACUACAUAAACUCAAAUAUUCUUUGAUUUGGGUUUGGCUAUGUAAAAUAAACUGUGUAUGGGUGACUAUGGAGUUUCAUUGUAGAGAUUUCAGUGCUACCACAAAAUGCUGGUCAAGUUAGCUAUGUUAUUUUCCUAGCAGAGGAUUGCACAUUAUCAUUUAUAUCACAGUUAUGGUAAGUAUACUGAGGUUUCUAAAUGGUUGAAGUUCACACUUUUUGAUUCUAUGACUUUAUAUUUUCUCCUUGACCGAAAUGCACCAUUAAUGUGAGCUUCCAUUGUAAACGCUCCAUUCUAAGACAAUGGUUUAAAAUAUGAAUCAUUCAAUCUGUAUCUAGGAAACAGGAGCCUGGAGUAUAAAUAAGAGUUUAAUUCUUCAGUCCAUCUAAAACAGCUUUUUUACUAAGUCUGCUUUGCUCUUUACCUGUGAAGCAUCUUUGGUAGCUCAUAUGAAAUGUCGCUUUGUUGGCCAUACAUGUGCCUGAAUGUCUUGGGAGUUGUUAGAGCUCACAGUGGGGCGUUAAGUGUUACAAAAUAACCACAGAUGUAUUUUCCGCCCCUAUUUUACAGCUGUUUACAUCAUAAAAACUAUCACAGUUGGAAAUGUGCUAAUUGUGUAUUUGUUCAGUUUUUUUCUGUUGCUUUUUUUUUCAUUGCUUAAAUGUUUGUCUUAUUUUAUUUAUGCAAAAACCUCAUGACAUAUUAUACCAUUGCAAUGCAUGCUUGAAGCUCUAGUUUUGUUCUGUGCAACAUGCUGUUUGACUUAAAUGUGACAAUGUAUUUCAUAUUUAUGCUUUUUCCUGUUAUAUACUCACUUUCUGGUAGGUAUCCAUGUCUUGAAGACACGGUUACUAUAAACUGGACUUUUAAGACCCAAUUAGUUUUUGUCUAUAAUAGAACUAUUUUUGCUAAAUUUAUGCUGUAUUCUACAAAUAAA